AUGUCAACUGCCCGAAAACCCCUCUCUGGCAUCACCGUCGUCAGCCUCGAACAAGCCAUCUCCGCCCCCUUCGCGACCCGCCAACUCGCCGACCAAGGCGCACGAGUCAUCAAGAUCGAGCGGCCCGGCGUCGGUGAUUUCGCACGCAACUACGACACCCGCGUGAACGGGCUCGCCUCGCAUUUCAUCUGGACGAACCGAUCCAAGGAGUCUCUCGCGUUGGACGUGAAGAAGCCAUCCGACCAUGCGGUGUUGAUGAAGUUGCUGGAAAAGGCGGACGUGCUGGUGCAAAAUCUUGCACCGGGGGCGAGUACCCGACUGGGACUGUCUCAUGAGGCGUUGAAAGAGAAACAUCCUGGUUUGAUUGUGUGUAAUAUCUCCGGUUUUGGGCCGGAGGGACCGUAUCGGGAUAAGAAGGCGUAUGAUCUGCUCAUCCAGAGCGAGGCGGGGAUGCUCUCCGUGACAGGGACUGGGAAGGAACCAGCCAAAGUGGGUAUCUCGAUUGCAGACAUCUGCGCGGGAAGUUAUGCAUACUCGUCUAUCCUGGCCGCGUUGUUCGAGAGGAAGACGACGGAAAAGGGAUGCAAUAUUGACAUUUCCAUGCUGGAGAGUAUGGUCGAGUGGAUGGGUUUCCCGAUGUACUAUACAUACGAGAACGCACCAGGGCCAACACCAGCCGGCGCAUCGCAUGCAGCCAUCUAUCCGUACGGACCGUUUGAGACGGGCGACGGCAAGUCGGUGAUGCUGGGGAUCCAGAACGAGCGGGAAUGGGCCAACUUUUGUGAGAAGGUGUUGAGAAAUAGUGAGGUUACGACGGAUGAGCGGUUUGUGAAUAACAGUCUGCGGGUGAAGAAUCGGGAUGCGUUGAGGGGGGUGAUUGUGCAGGCUUUCUCUCAUCUUACGGCGGACGAGGCGAUUGCGCUGCUGGAUGCAGCGUCCAUCGCCAAUGCUAGUGUGAAUGAUAUGCAGGGCGUGUGGAAUCAUCCCCAGCUCAAGGCGAGAGAUCGCUGGACGGAGGUGAAGACGCCAGCUGGUGUUGUUCCUGCAUUGCUGCCGCCGGGGAUGAAUGCGGGUGAAGCCAGGAUGGAUGCGGUGCCUGCGUUGGGCGAGCAUAAUGAAGCUAUCUUGAAAGAACUGGGAUUGACUAAAUAG